AUGGACCUGAAUGAGAAUAAGUGUGUGGUCAUGCAGUUCACACGCUCUUCACAGAUGAACUGUUUCAAUUACCAUAUUGGUCUUCAAGUUCUGCAGUCUGUCAAAGAGGUCCGCGACUUGGGUGUUUUCUUCACAUACAACCUUCACCCUGGCGCUCACAUAUCUCGCAUCUGCUCCAAGGCCUACUCCGUUCUCGGUUUCAUCUUCAGAGCCACCAGAGGACCAUUUUCUCUUACCACCAUUAAAUCUUUCUAUAUGACUCUCGGCCGCUCAAUUCUGGAAUUCAACUCAACUGUGUGGUCCCCUUACCAACUGGGAUUGGUUAAUGAACUAGAAAAAGUUUAA